AUGGAAAGAUUACAAAGAUUAUUAGGCCAGGGAGCUGGUCUCGGUGGGGCAGCACCACCUCAAACAGAUGGGCCUGCAAUUGACAACUCUGAAACCGUUUAUAUUUCCUCACUCGCCUUACUUAAGAUGUUGAAGCAUGGAAGAGCCGGUGUCCCAAUGGAAGUGAUGGGAUUGAUGUUGGGCGAGUUUGUUGAUGAUUUUACAAUACAGGUUUAUGAUGUUUUUGCUAUGCCUCAAUCGGGUACUGGUGUUUCGGUUGAAGCUGUGGAUGACGUGUUUCAAACCAAGAUGAUGGAUAUGCUCAGACAAACGGGAAGAGAUCAAUCAGUGGUAGGUUGGUACCAUUCGCAUCCCGGUUUCGGCUGCUGGUUAUCCUCGGUUGAUGUAAAUACACAGCAGUCAUUUGAACAAUUGAAUAAGAGAGCUGUUGCUGUUGUCAUAGAUCCUAUUCAAUCAGUGAAGGGUAAAGUCGUUAUUGAUGCAUUCAGAACCAUAGACACCACAACGUUGAUGAUGGGCCAAGAGCCACGUCAAUCCACGUCCAAUGUUGGUCACUUGAAUAAGCCAUCAAUCCAAGCAUUAAUCCACGGAUUGAACCGUCACUAUUACUCGUUGAAUAUUGACUACCACAAGACUACAAAUGAUACAAAUAUGUUGCUCAAUUUGCACAAGAAGAAUUGGCAAUCAGGAUUGAAUCUCACGGACUAUAACCACAAUGAGAUUGAAAAUUUGGAGAGCACCGAGAAGAUGGUAAAUAUAGCCAAGUUGUACAGUCAGAGAGUCAGUGAAGAAAAAGAGUUGACUGAGGAGCAAUUAAAGACGAGAUAUGUUGGUAAGCAGGAUCCAAAGAAACACUUGUCGGAUACGGCUGAGAAAUUAAUAGACGACAACAUCAAGGUGCUUCUAACUGGUGGAGUUGAUUCGUUGGCUAUUCGAUAG